UGAUUUUCGUGCUACUGGUGGUGGGCUGUAUCGUGAACGUGAGCAUGGGCUUGCUGUACAACUGGUCGCAUCUCGAGAUACGAAUUCUGCGUCUGCGAGAUUUGCAGCACUUCUUCACGCUGCUGUUUUUCCAUGCGAUCGCCUCGUCGAUUAGCAGCCAUUGCGACCUGAUGCAAGCGCAUUUCUCUAGACAACACGAAAUUGGCGAGUUGGCCAAGCUAAACCGCAAAUUCAGCUUGGAGCACAGAAUGGAUCUGAAGAAGUAUGUUCGCUACGCUGGUGCUAUCCUGCUGAUUCGAAACACGGCCACCUCGUAUCUUCCCAUGGCCUACUCUGUCUUCCUUGUACUCAGGACAGUUGUCUUCUCUCACUCUCCCACUCAACACCUGCCCGUCAUCACCUACUUCCAUUAUCCGAAAGGUUAUGAGACUUGGCAAGUGCAGCUAGCACUAAACGCGUUUGCCACCUACUUCUAUGUGAUGAACACAAUAUUCGGCAGUGUCAUAGUGAUGAGCAACUAUUUUCUCGGCCACAUCAGCUGGUACCAGUUGAGUUUGUGCGUGCGCUACGUGCGCCAACUGGACGCCAUCGAGAGCUGGGAACAGGCCAGGCUGCACCGGCUCAUGAAUUGUGUCAUCAAGUAUCAUCAGCACAUCAUGAUACAUCACUCGAAAUUUAUAAGACUUUCACGCGUCUCCAUACUGGCAUAUACGUUUAGCUGUACCUUUCAACUAUGCACAUACAUCUACAGUAUCAUAGAGAUGAGGAAAGUCAAAUUCAUAAUUCAAAUGGUAUUCACUUUGAUACUUCUCUAUGCAUUUAGCAGUUAUGGACAGAAAAUUGUUGAUGAGGGUGAAAGAGUGAGAGAGUGUCUCUACGAUUGCGAAUGGGUGGGGCGGCCAUUGUGGUUCCAAAAAAAUCUGCUGAUUAUCAUGAGUCGUACCUUAUCCAGUACUGAAAUUAACUGCUACGGCUUGUUAGCAAUAAAUCGCUUGCGGUUUUCAAAGACUCUACAAGCUGCAUAUACGUAUUUCAACUUUCUGAAAGGGACAGUGAUUCAAUAGGAGAGAAAGAAGACUGAAAAUAUUCGAGAUUAUUCCAGAAGUUUUUAUAAUCUGUCGUGUUAUUUGAUUAAUGAAUUAUAGUAGUUUAAGUUCGAAUGUGUUAGUAUUGCAAUAUUAAUAAGAGAAUUUUCAU